AUGGCCUGGUGCAGGGCUGUGCUCCCGCUGCUGCUCAUCGCAGCCUCCAGCUUGCAUGCCGGUGAGGCCUUCAAAUGCUUCACAUGUGAGCAGCCCACAGCCAUUUCUUUGUGCAAGAACAUUUCUUACUGCAAGCCAGAGGCCACGGCCUGCAAGACCAUGCUGGUGCAGAUAGAGUCAGAGUACCCCUUCAACCAGAGACCCAUGGUGAUCCGCUCCUGCAGCACCUCCUGCAUAGCCACUGACCCCGACAGCAUGGGGCUCGCCCACCCUGUCUACUGCUGCUUCCGUGACUUGUGCAACUCCAUGUAG